AUGAAGCAGAAGCCUUCCUCCGAGAUAACUACCGUCUCGCCUGCCAAGCAGUUGUUCUUGAUAUUGACGAGGACAUCGAGUUCGCACCCACUUCGACGCUCACCAAGGAUCUUGACGCAUACCGUCACAACGGAUGACGGAACGGCGGAACUAAACCCGCGGGUUACGCAUCGCGAUGGGGUUGUCUAUUACCAUGACGAACCCAUUGACCGUUACCGGGGACACCUCUAUGGACUCGCCUUAGACAUCGGAACAACGACAGUGGUGGCGAAUCUGGUUGAUUUAGAGAAUGGGAAAACGGUUUCUGUCAGUUCCUUUGAAAACCCACAGCGUUUUGGUGGGAGCGACAUCAUGAACCGCAUCUCCUACGACGGUGAAUUUCAGGGUGAACUGCGCCGCUCGCUUAUUGCCGCAUUAAACAGCGAAAUCAUGGAGGUGUGUGAACGCCACCACUUCGUCCGUCAGGAGAUUUAUGAAGUCGUCGUUGCUGGUAACACAACGAUGCGCGAUAUCUUCUUCAAGCAUGAUGUUCAGAGCAUUGGACAAAAGCCGUAUAAAUCUCUGAUUGAGCAUGAGUAUCGGGAGGGGACCCGUUCAACCACUUCUCUUAUUGAAAAAGUGCGUCGCUUGGGUAUCCGUGCGAAUCCGAAGGCGAUGGUCUACAGCUUGCCGUUGAUUGCCAGCCAUGUCGGUGCUGAUGUUGCGGCGGAUUUAGUCUCGAUUGGCAUCCCCGCGCAGGAUGAGGUCAUCAUGUUGGUUGAUGUCGGAACGAACACAGAGGUGGUCGUCGGAAAUGCGAAACGGAUGGUCGCUGCAUCAUGUCCGGCUGGUCCCGCAUUUGAGGGUGGCGGCAUUGAAUACGGAAUGCCUGCUUACCCCGGUGCUAUUGAGUCUGUGAAGUGGAACGAUGGUCAGCUCAAUUAUGAGACGAUUGGUGGUGAGACACCAGAGGGGGAGACACCACAGGGGUUAUGCGGUUCUGGGUUAAUUUCACUCCUCGCUGAACUGCGUCGGAACAAUCAGAUGAGUCCGAAAGGCGUUUUUGCAGACAGAAAGCAACGCGUUAUGUCCCUUUUGCCGGAACACGGUAUCACCUUCUCACGCGAGGACGCAAGCAAUUUGGCACAAGCAAAGGCGGCAAAUUACUGUGGACAAUAUAUUGUUCUGCGGCACUUCGGCUGCGUUCCAAAAGACAUUACGAAACUCUUUUUGGCAGGUGGCUUUGCCAAUUAUGUUAACCUACAGGAUGCGAUUGAAAUCGGAUUUCUCGCACCCGUUCCAGAAGCGAAUGUCGUCAAGAUUGGCAACGCCGCAGUGGCUGGUGCUGAGGCGAUUGGGACAAACACGUUCGUGGCAUCUCCGCUUCACUUGGAGAUGGCAGGUCAAGACCUAUCCGAUGCUAAACGCCUCACACGACUCGCUGUUCAACACGCAAAAACAGCUAUCGCACAGAGUGGAAGAGAUGUCUACAUUGCUGGCUCUGUGGGACCCUCUCCCGGCGCAAUUGAAGCCGAUAGCGGAGAUACCACUUUCGGCAUUCCAAAUGCGGACGCAAGAGAGGCGCAUAAAUUAGUUAUCCACACCCUCGCAGAAGAAGGCGUGGAUUUUCUCUGUCUUGAGACGAUGUUUUCUGCAAAAGAGGCAGCACUCGCUGUAGAUGUUGCGCGUGAGACACGUCUGCCUAUUGCCGUGAACUUGACUUAUAAGUGGACCAAGGAGCGGCGAACUGGCAAUAUCAUCUAUCGGACGGAUUGGGGGAACUCCCCCGCAGAUCUACUUGAGAUCCUAACGAACAACGAAUUUUCGGGAGGGAACUCACUAUUGGAGUCCGUUAGCAUCAUCGGCGUGAACUGUGGUGCUGAAUCCAGACGUGAUGAACAUACUGGGAUGCCUUAUGCAAUUGCUGGGAUUCAGCAACUGCGCACGGCACUUGCUGAAACAGGGAUUGAUGGCAAAUGGAUGAUGGCGUACCCUAACGCUGGCAUGCCGAAGCUUGAUGAGAACCAUAAUACCGUCUAUACGCAGACCCCAACAGAGAUGGCGAGUCAUAUCCCGGAACUCAUUGAAACCGGUGCCUACUUAAUAGGUGGCUGUUGUGGGACAACACCGACCCAUAUUAAAGCCUUCCGUGAGGCAAUCGCGUCGUAUCGUUCAGCACCGGUGCCUUAA